AUGACCAGAACUGAACCGAACCCUGGAGACCCGGUUUGGUGGAAGAACCCAGAACCUGCUGCCCUCUGGGUCACAGAGGCAGACUUUGGCAUCAGGAACCUGGGAGCCGGGUCGUGGUUCUUUGGGUCGAUCCGGCUGGGCGUGGUCCGGACCGAGGGCGGCCUGGUGGAGGGCCUCAGCGUUGGUACCGGGCUCUUCAGGACGGUGGAGGAGUUCAAAGGGAUCCCCUUCGCUGACGUCCCUAGAAAAUGGGAGAAACCAGAACCUCAUCCCGGCUGGGACGGGGUCCUGACUGCCACAGAGUACAGGGAUCGCUGCCUGCAGGUGACGUUGCUGCAGACUAAAACCCUCGGCAGCGAGGACUGUCUCUACCUGAACAUCUUUGUUCCACAUGGGAAGUCAGUCUCCUCUGGCCUCCCAGUGAUGGUCUACCUGUUUGGAGGAGCCUUCCUGUUGGGAGCCUCCAACGACGUGGAGGUUCUAGGAGAGUCUCUCUAUGAUGGGAAGGAGCUGGCCGACACGGGAGGGGUCAUUGUUGUCACGGUGAACUACAGAGUCGGUACUCUGGGUUUCCUCAGCAGUGGAGAUGAACGGCUGCCAGGUAACUAUGGCCUCUGGGACCAACAUGCUGCCAUCUCCUGGGUCCGCAGGAACAUCAGGGCAUUUGGGGGCCACCCUGAUAACAUCACCAUCUUCGGCCAAUCGGCUGGAGCCGCCAGCGUCAGCUUCCAGAUGCUGUCUCCUUAUAGUCGGGGGUUAUUCCGCAGGGCCAUCACUCAGUGUGGAGUGGCCCUCAGUCCCUGGGCUCUCCAGAAGAACCCCAUGGCUACCCUCACAAAGAUUGCUCGUAAGGUCAGUUGUUAUCAAACCGAGGAGGACGCCAUGUUGGCUUGCCUGAAGACGGCUGAUCCAGUCAAACUCACCAUGGCAGGAAAAAUUAAUACGCUGAAUCUUUUUGGGAAAGGUCCUGUCUUGGACCUGCUUGAGCUGGCUCCGGUGAUUGACGGAGAUUUCCUCCCUGAUCAUCCCAGCAAGCUCUUUCACCAUGCAGCCCAGUUCGAUUAUCUGGCUGGUGUGAACAGCAUGGAUGGACACAUCUUUGCUGGAAUCGACGUUCCUUCGAUCAACAGCAUGAAGGAGGCCACCACAGCAGAACAGGUGAGAGGUCUUCUGGCUGGUCUGACCAAGGAGAAGGGGGACGCUGCUGUCUCCUCAGCCUUUAAUGUCUACACAGUUCAUUGGGGAUUGGCCCCAGAUCCAGAUAUAGUAAAGAAAACUGUGGCAGACAUCGAGACAGACUUCCUGUUUUUGGUACCAACUCAGAUCGCCCUCCAGCUCCAUGCCAACAACACCAGUGGAGCCCGUACCUACUCCUACCUGUUCAACAUGAAGACCCGGAUCCCGGGAUUCCCACGCUGGGUGGAGGCGGAGCAUGCAGAGGACUUACAGUAUCUGUUUGGAAAACCCUUCUCCAUGCCACUGGUCUACUUUCCUCGACACCGUGACCUGUCAGGCUACAUGAUCGCAUACUGGACCAACUUCGCAAAGACCGGAGAUCCCAGCAGAGGCGACAACAGAGUCCCAGUUUCCUGGCCUCCCUUUUCCAAAUACCACCAACCUUACCUGAUAAUAAACAAUUCAAUGACCAAGUCCUCCGUCAGCUACGACCUUCGAUCCUUCUAUGUGAACUACUGGACGCAGACUUACAGCCAGCUGCCGGCUGCAGGGAGGAUCGAGGAAAAGGAGAGCCUCUGAUGGACUUCAUCUUCAUCCCUGCUGAUAAACUGAUCUUUUGAAUAAU